UUGUUCAAUUUAUUUGUUCUUUUUUUUGCAGUGAUGGAGCAGUCUGGUCAGAUGACUCUCUACUUCUCUUUCCUCCUGUUUUCAUCCCUCGUUCAAAUUCAUUGCGAAGCGCUGAGUGACCCCAAACAUCAGCUCCUGUCCCGCCUCAUAGAGAAGAAAUACAGUGACAUCUUGACCUCUGACGACCUUUCAGAGGAUAUGUCAGGAGAGCACUUAGAGAGUGAGAGUUCAAGGGUUGACGUCAAAGAGCAGAAGGCAUGGGCUGAGCCCCCCACAACCAACGAGAAGGCCUGGCUCCGCCUCCUUAGGGGGUCUCUGGCCAAUAGGAAGUGGGUAUCGGUGGACAAACUUAAAAAGGGCUGGGCCAGGGGCUGCUUUGGACUCAAACUAGACCGGAUUGGCUCUAUCAGCGGGCUGGGCUGCUAGGGACUGGCUGAGGUGAGGAGCUGAUUAAGAUUCGUUGUCUGAACCUUUCGUUUUUAUAGCUGCAGAUGGUCUCCCGCAUUCCUGUCCAAUCCGACACCACAACCUCCCAUAGAACAGU